AUGUUGGGUGAUCAAGAAAGUGAAGAUAAAAAAGCUGGUUUUUUUGGUAAUGUUAAUGACCAGAUUUUAAGCGUAUGCGAAAAAUUAAAAAAUGAUGAAAAUCUUAAACAUGGAUUCAAUGCAAUUGGAUUUUCUCAGGGUGGAUUGCUUCUUCGUGGAUAUGUCGAACGUUGUAAUGAUCCACCAGUUCAUAAUUUAGUUACUUUUGGUGCACCACAUGGAGGAGUGUCAGAUAUUCCAGGAUGUAUGGGAGAUGGAAGUUUUUGGUGUAAUUUGAUGAGAUCGCUUGUACGUAAUGGAGCGUAUAAUUCGUAUGUUAGAAGUCACAUUGUACAAGCACAAUAUUACAAAGAUUCAAACAGACUUGAGUUAUAUUUGAAACAAAAUAUUUACUUGCCCGAUAUUAAUAAUGAAUUAAAUGAAAAGAAUCAAGCUUAUAAAAAGAAUUUAGCAUCAUUGAAUAAAUUGAUAUUAAUACGUUUCACCGAAGACAUUACACUUAAACCAAAGGAUACUGCUGUAUGUAUAAAAUAA